CUUCGCAAGGUCAGUUGCACGUGCACGUAAACUACUGCUGUCAGCUGGCGGCGACCCAGGCAGGGCAGUCUGUGUGGAAAGCACUUUCUCGAAGCGGCAACAGAGCUCUCCCGGUCUUUAUUCCGGUUUAUCAAUAAAACAAAGUGUAGUGUCGUCUCAGAGAUGGCCAGAGGAAGCCGCAGCCGUUCCUCAGCUCCUGCCAGCCCACCUCCAUCCUAUGCUCCGGCCCCUGCUCAUCCACCUCCCUCCUCCCUGGCCCCUGCUCCAGCUCAGUCCCAGGGUCCAGGCCUCAUGGCGCAGAUGGCUACCACAGCUGCUGGGGUGGCAGUAGGUUCGGCUGUGGGCCACGUAGUUGGCAGUGCCCUCACAGGAGCAUUUAGUGGUGGUGGCAGCAGCAGCAGCAGUUCGGAGCCAGCCAAGCCUACAUAUCAGGAGCCCCCCCGGCCCGCUCCAGCCCAGCCAGGCCCCUGCCACUUUGAGGUCAAACAGUUCCUGGACUGUGCCACCAACCAGAAUGACCUGAGUUUAUGUGAGGGCUUCAAUGAGGCGCUCAAACAGUGCAAGUACUCCCAUGGUGUGACAUCACUGGUGUGAAGGAUCAGUGUCAGCUGUCAUGGCAGACAUAUUUUAAUAAUGAAACAUAAUGUAGACAUGAGCACAUAAUACAAAAGUGUACAGUGUACCUCAGGCAGUGAGCUUGUUGGUUUUGUUGAUUGAUGACUGUGUCAUGUAUGAAAUGUUUUUGGUAUAUUCAGUGACAAACCUUUAAUAAAUAGCUGCUAUCUACUGUACUUGCACA